UUGGACAGAUAAAGAAACAGCUCCACUGGCGUUUCUCACACAGUACACAAAGUCGGUCAGAUUGCUGAGCUGAAGAGGACGAACUCCGGAAUGACACUUUGUUCAUCCAAUCCAUGCUCAUGGUUUUUCUCCAAUCUCAUCAUCACACAAACACCAAGAAUUACUUCCCCAACCUUAAGAAUGGUGAGGAAAAGCGCUCAAGAUUUGCCUGGACACAAUGGCGGCCAACAAUACUGCCCAUGUUGUCCCAGAAGACAUUUUCUUGGGUCAGUGGUAGGAACAGGUUUAUUGCCCGUUUUCCCUGCAUUAGCCUCUGAUAAAGAUUCCAUUCCCCAGGAUCCUACGGAAGUUUUGAAUAGGAUUCAUCCUCCAAGGCCUGAUUGGUAUGAGGAAUUCUAUGCAUCAGCUAUGGACAAAACAAUGAAAUCUUAUGAAGCAGAGAUUGCAGGUUACAAGUCACAGCUUUUUGCUAAUUUGAGAGGAAAGGCAGACAGGAUUUUGGAGAUUGGCAUUGGGACGGGUCCUAAUAUCAAAUACUAUGCUAAUCAUUCAGGUAUCAACGUUGUCGGAGUUGAUCCGAAUAGGAAAAUGGAAAAAUAUGCACAGGCAGCAGCAGAGGCUGCAGGACUCCCACGAUCGAAUUUUAGCUUUAUGCAAGCAGUUGCAGAGGCUUUGCCAUUAGGUGAUGCAUCUGUUGAUGCUGUUGUUGGAACGCUCAUUCUAUGUUCUGUAAAAGAUGUUGAUCAGACAUUACAAGAGGUAAAAAGGGUGCUUAAGCCUGGUGGGCUUUACAUAUUUGUGGAGCAUGUAGCUGCAAGAGAUGGAACAAUUCUUAGAUUUGUACAGGGGAUUCUUGAUCCAUUGCAGCAGACUGUAGCGGAUGGGUGUCAUCUCACCAGGAAUACUGCAACUAAUAUUGCUGGAGCAGGUUUUGCAAGUCUUGAUGUUAAUCAGGCUGUUUUAUCCUCCGCGUCGCUCAUAAAUCCCCAUGUCUAUGGAAUAGCUUACAGAUAGCUCUAAAUUACAUUUAUCAUAGACAUGAACACAUUAAACGGAAGUAGAACAUAUUGAAGCUUCUAUCUAAGAGCUUGAGAGCAUAGUCCGCAUCCAUGUGAUCUACUUAGUUAUUACAUUCUAGAAAUAUCAUUUAUGACAAGUGUGCCAAUUAUCUAUGUUGUAAGUGUAGAAAUAUUAGUUAGGACUGCCUUAAUGAAGUUGUCACUCAUGUUACUCCUGCUGCUGAUACAGGUUCCUUGUAUUCCUGAAUUCAUUAACUGAAACAGUUAUUCUAUACUGACAUACAAUUCGAGUACUGCCAAGAGGCUUAGUAGAACACUUAGCUGUACCAGCUGAUCAACACUAUGACGAUGAAAAUUUGCCGUCAAGAUUUCUUCUGUGAUAGUGAUAUUGCAUAUAUGACGGGACCUAGUUACUGUGCUAGCACACAUAAAUAACUAAUCCUUGCCGUGGCCAAUAAUGUUUAUGCUUGAUGCGACUUGCAACUGAACUGUUAGGCAUACUACGUGACAUGGGAAGCGAUCCCAGUUAUAUGACUCAUCAUGUGUUUGCACUUUCCUUGUGUCAAGAUUUCUCAUACCGGGAACUGAAUAUAUGAAAAUCGACGAAAAGGGCACAUGGAAAGCAGGAAACUCCAGUGGUUGGAUCUAUCAUUGAUGUAAUGAUGUGAAUGUUUCUAUGAACUACUUCCUUGGCAUUUGGAAUGCAUCCUAAACUACUUGUCCUAAAUUCCCAUGAUUUUUGGUGCUGUUCUGUGAACAAUAAUGGGAUUUUUCUGUAUGUGUCAUUUUGUUGGUUCUGAGAGUUGGUGAUUCCUUUUGAAGCAACUGAAAAAUAGAAUGUUUCUGGUCUGGCAUCCGAACAUUUCACCUGCAGAUUAAUGAUUGGACAGACCAGCUAAGAAUGUGGACCAUGCUGAAUUAUUCAGCUCAUUAUUAGGGGAAAAUAUUGUUGUCUUUGUUUAUCAUUUCAGUGUGAUUCAUUUCCUUUUCUUAGUCUGAAUGAUUGCUUCAAGACAAGAACAUAAGAUUUGGUUGCUGUAAUCAUGAACAAUAGUGAAUGAGCUAAAGAUUUC